UAAAAUUUAGAAAUGGAUGCCUGGAUGGAAAUGAAAGAGAGAGUUCAGGAAUCAGGACAGCUUCUGAAAAUUACAUGUAUGUGAAAUCCCACUGAAGGCAAGCAAACAUUUCCCCUGUAAUCUUUUGAAAAUAAUGUCAAAACUAGGAGAUGAUGAAGUAGCUUCAAUCCUUAUGCGGCUCUAUGAUCCAAACGACCGAAAAUCAUCUUCUUUAGUUUGCAAGCAAUGGCUCAGAGUUGAAGGCUUAACCCGUUUAUCAAUUCGAGUUCUUGAACCCGAUUUCAUCCAAUCUUCCUUACCCAGAUUCCCAAAUUUACUCACUUUUCGAUCAUCAAAUCUCAUCACUGAUGCCCAACUCAAAUUUAUUGCCAACACCUGCUCUAAACUUGAGGAUAUCAAUCUCAAUAUUUAUGGGUUUGAUGAGGAGCCGUCAGAUGAUGAUGAUUUUGGCGAUGAUGCUGUUUGUGGGGGGUUAGCAAAUGGGUGUCGCGAUUUAAUUAGGGUUUGUUUAAGGAGGAGAUGUAAUGUGGGUAAUAUUGGGGUUAUUAAUCUUGUUAAGCAUGCAUUAAAAUUGACAACUUUAGAUUUGGGUAGAUGUUGUUUGAUCAAUGAUAGUUCACUUGAAGCAAUUGGGUCUAUGAAUUGUAUCAUUUCUUUGAAUUUGGAAGCUUGUUCGUUGAUUACUGAUCAUGGGUUGAAGUUUUUAGUAACUGGGUCUUCUUCAAGAACAUUGAAAAAGCUGAAUCUUGCCGAGUGUGAUAGAGUUACUGAUUUGGGUGUGUGGCUUUUGAAAGGAUUGGUUUGUUUGGAGGAGUUGAAUUUAGCUGAAUGUGGACCUAAAGUAACUAAUACUGGAGGUGUGGCAAUUGCUUCAAUCCCAACCCUUAGGAAAUUGAACAUUUCUUGGUUGAUUAAUGUAACUGAUGUCUCGAUAGUUUUGAUUGCUCGGAGUUGCAGGAGUUUGGUGUCCCUAGAUUUAACUGGGUGUGAGAUGGUUACAGACGCUGGAGUUUGUUUGUUUGCUGAGCAUGAAUGUUUGGAAUCACUAAUUUUGACUUCUUGUUACAAUAUUUCUGGGAUUGGGGUUGAUAAAGUACUGAAAUGUAAGUCAUUGAGCAGCAUAGUGCUGGACAGAAGAUUAAAAAAGUGGAUACCAGAGAAAACACUACAGAAGAUUAGCAAGUACUGUCAGUUGCAUUGGAGAUGAUGGAUGAACCACCAAAGGUUAUAGACUCUGAAGAAGCAUGCACAAUACCAAGAUGCUUAAGAAAAAGAAGUUAGAAGAUUUUGGGGAGCAAAGGAGACCGGGAGACCGUAAUUUUGUUAUAACAUUUCUGUCAGAAUGAUAUCUGAUUGGAGCUAUACUAUGUAGAAACACCGAAAUGUCGAAACAUAGAAGUUGGAGUUAUAAAUAUAGAAUUUAGGAGUUUCAAAAGUGUUCCCGUAAAAGAAAUGUUGAAACGUAAAAGUCGAGAUUCUAAAGUUUACAAGCUUGAUAUUAACCAACCCUACUGUUUUUGUUUA